CGGAGCAGCGGGAGCAGGGACCCCCCUCCUCCUACACUGUGACUGCUGAGCAUCGGGCCGACUGGGGGGCACCGGGGCCCUGAUACCGCUAGCGCCAUGUCCCUUCCCGCUGCCCGGGGCCGCUCGCUGUAGGAAGCCCAGUCCCGCUCUCUCCCUGCCCCCAUGGCGUUUCAGGGCCCGGGGCGCUCCCUGCCGGGGCAGCUUUGCGCUGGGGUAUUUGGCGGCCUCAUUCAGCCCCCGCUGGGGCAAAAGUUCUACUGUCCCAAUGGGGGGAGCGGCGGGGGAGGGGUGCCGGCUGUGCCCUCCCCUUUGCCCCAAGCGCUCAGCGCCCCCCAGUGUAACGGGGAUGGGAGGGGGGAACCGGAGCCCGACAGGCCCAUCGGAUACGGGGCAUUCGGAGUGGUCUGGUCGGUGACUGACCCUCGGGAUGGCAAACGCGUUGCUCUCAAGAAGAUGCCAAACGUCUUCCAGAACCUGGUGUCCUGCAAGAGGGUCUUCAGAGAACUCAAAAUGCUCUGCUUCUUCAAACACGACAAUGUCCUGUCGGCACUGGAUAUCCUGCAGCCCCCGCAGAUCGACUGCUUCGAAGAGAUAUAUGUGAUCACAGAGCUGAUGCAGACGGAUCUACACAAGGUUAUAGUGUCCCCGCAGCCACUCAGCUCCGACCACAUCAAGGUUUUCCUCUAUCAGAUCCUACGCGGCCUGAAGUAUUUGCACUCGGCUGGGAUCCUGCACAGAGACAUUAAACCGGGGAACCUGCUUGUCAACAGCAACUGUGUCCUGAAGAUCUGUGACUUUGGCCUGGCCCGGGUGGAGGAACUGGACGAGUCCCAGCACAUGACCCAGGAAGUAGUAACUCAGUACUACCGGGCCCCUGAGAUCCUGAUGGGGAGUCGGCACUACCGCAGUGCCAUCGAUAUCUGGUCUGUCGGCUGCAUCUUCGCUGAACUCCUGGGGCGCAGGAUCCUGUUCCAGGCACAAAGCCCCAUUCAGCAGCUGGACCUGAUCACCGACCUCCUGGGCACCCCCCCUCUCACCGCAAUGCGCUCGGCCUGUGAGGGAGCAAGAGCUCACAUUCUGCGUGGGCCCCACAAGCCGCCGUCCCUCUCGGUCCUGUACAUGCUGUCGGGAGAAGCUACCCAUGAGGCCGUUCACCUCCUGUGCCGGAUGCUGCUGUUUGACCCGCUGAAGCGGAUCUCUGCCAAGGAUGCCCUGGCCCACCCCUACCUGGAGGAAGGGCGCCUGCGCUACCACACGUGUAUGUGUCACUGCUGCUACUCCGUGUCCUCUGGGCGUGUCUACACUGCGGACUUCGAGCCCACGGCCACCAACCGAUUUGAUGACUCCUACGAGAAAAGCCUCACCUCCGUCUGGCAGGUCAAAGAGCUGGUUCAUCGCUUUAUCACAGACCAACAACAGGGAAAGCGCCCCCCUCUGUGCAUUAAUCCGCACUCUGCCGCCUUCAAAACCUUCAUCAGAUCGACGGCGUGGCAUUCCUCAAAGGUUUCCAAGAAGGAAGAGAGAUGAACCCCCUCAGGUUUUGGCCUCCCGUCUCGCUCUCCUUGGGCUGUUAAACCCCCGGGGCAUGGAGUGACAUGGAGCUGCUGUAUGGGAGUAUCUCGCUUGCUUGCCCCUAUCCCCCGAGGCCCGUUCCCUGUUUAUGUUCUACCCGGCAACCCCAACACCUUCCUCGUUGAUCACCAAACCGCUGGCUGCAUUUGGCCUCCCAGAAUCCUGUGUGGUUCCAUUCCUCCCCCCAAUGGGGGGGCGGCCGUGAUUGGCUGAGGGCCCUGUUCCAUGGAUAAAGGACGCUGUAAAUAUUUUCUGUACAGAGUUUUUCUCUGCCUUAUCCAACUCUCCCCUCUCCGGCACUGCCCCGAUGUCCCGACCCACAUCUACAGUCUGAACACUCUGGCGCCCCAGCCGUGCAUAUUUUUAUUUUUGCCCCAAAGCAACGACCAUUUCUCUAUUUUAUACACUGGGAAAUGUGAUUGGCUACAGUGGUACCUUGUAGGCGCUUCUCGUACCCCCUUACAUUGCUCUGGUACAGCAAUGACACUUGGGGGUUACAGACUCCCCCCAAUGGCCGCAGCUGGUAUUGCAAGGGGCUGUGGUAGGUUCCAUCAUUAACCCUGUUGUUCCUGGGGACAGAGCUGCAAUAGCCAAUGGCAGGGCACGUUCCUAGACCGAAUAUGUUUGACUGUUUAUCCUCCCUUCUCACAAUAUCCUCAUUUUUAACUUAUAUCUUGUGUACAGAUGUGUGUAUCACGUUGUGUUAGGGCGAGUGAAAUGUAUCACUGUACCAAUGGUUUGAAACCCAUUCAAUAAUCUACCUCUUCCAUUAAGUGUUUAUUUUUAUUAUGAUUUAUGUUUAAAUAUUUUUUUUUUUUUUCCUUAAUGUGAAAAAAAAAACCCAGAAUCCCUGAAAACUUGAAUUUAGCGUCUAAAAGGUUUUAUUUAGUGCCUGUUGGGUGAGCCCAGCAGCUUAAAUAAACUCUUUCCUGCCUUUUAAA